AUGGCGCCUUCCAGUUUGAACGAGGAGAGCAGCAUGGGUGACUCCACCUAUGAGCUUAUCGGUAGCACAGACGACGAGAGUCUCGACGGUCGAGGCACCGAGUCUAUUGCCGACUCUACCGAUCUCGACGUCUACCCCCGCCCCGACGAUGUGCAUAGUGUCUCAGGCACAGAACAUAGUGCAUACGAGACCGAAUCGGACGAGGAGUCCGAGGCACAAGAGGAAGAACAUCAAUCACAUACAUCCUCCAUCAGAUAUGCAGACGAGGCUCUGGGAAGCCCCUCUGCGCAAGCUACCACACACCUGGGAUAUGUAUCCCAGGCUGAGUCAACCUCUUUGCUUGAGCCGAUCGAGUUCAAGGAGGCUGACAGCCCGAUAUACUUGGACAAGAUAUCUGUUAAGCAUACCAUCACGGACUUCAAUGAGACAGAGACGGCACAGAUCGCUGACAACCUCCAUAUUGCAAACCCACCUGCUCGUCUCAUUGCUACUGUUCGACAGACCAUGUCCCAGGGUUGCCUGAGCACUCGUGAGCCUAUUCGGGUUCUAUAUGUUGGCCACAGGGCUGCAGAGCGAGAUAUUGUCUACAAGAUUUCCCGCGCCAUCACCUCUUCCCAGUCCACAGACUACACCAGCGGCAAGACCGUGCGUAGGAACACGGAUGGCCUUUACAACAUCGUGCCUGUCGGAUUCGGCUCUAUCAAAGAUCCCGAGGUUGCUCUCAUGGAGAUGUCAGGGUACCAGAUCAAGGUGGAUCCGUGCACCCUUGCCGAAGAAGAGGUGUAUAAAGGGGAUCACUUCUCGGACGAUAUUGUCUACUGUCUCACUAUCGACGGCGAGAAGAAGUACAGAUCGUUCCUGGACGCUGGUGGUGCUCAGUUGCAGCCGGCUUGGAGCCUGCCGCACGUAGCUAUCUUCUACUGCACUCCGAGCGAUGACGAGACCACCCAAAAGACCCGGGAUAUUGCAUGGGAGUUUACUAAUCGCCACGCCAUCCCUUCCAUCUUCAUUUCGGAGAAGGAGACAUUCACGCAGCCGCUGUCUGGACGCUGGCGAGACUUUAUUGACCCUCAUGCUGUUCACCUGUCGAUCGAGUCCCGGGAUCCCGAGCAUCCCAUCCCUCCGACGAGGCUCCCCAUUGAUUUUGCCUCUUUCAUGAACAUUGACCACCGCCAGAUGAACAGGAACCUUGCUUACCUCACCGGGCUGCAGGAGCCAGUCCCUACGGCAGAGGAACUGAUUGACGAUGUCAUCGGGCAGUCUGACAGUGAAAGCGUGCCCGAGCCUAGAGUGAUUGAGCUCAGCAUUCUCAAGAAGCUCGAUGACCUGUUCCAGGAUGCCUUCUGCAGCCGCGCCGUUUACGUGAUCCUCGCGCUCUUGGGUGUGGUUCUUUCGAACCUAUUGGCCUCCUAUGUCUUCCCAUCACAGAACACAGCACCUGUACCCAAUCUCCCCGCAUCUGUUUCCACUGUGUCAUCGACCACACCAAGUAGCAUCGCCUCAACAGCGACAGCAACCGUUACAAUCAACCUGACAUCUACCAAGACGGUGCGAAUUACCUCAGCAGAACCGUCGGCGAUUAGUCUUCUGCCGUUCGGUGGAUUCUUGUCUGACAAGGCCGAGACUGCCACUUCGGAGUCCAAGGCGAAGAGCACUAUUUGCUCUGUUGAGAUGUACAGCGGCAAUGAGAUCCUCAUCAAGGUCGCAGCGGGAACCAAGACAACAUGGCUGGCAAAGGGUGCCAUUGAUAUUGACAUCUACCGAGGAAAGGAUCCCGUCAAGUCCCGCCUGUCCACCAUUGAUGAAGGCAUUCUGGUCGAGAUCAAUCAGAAGGAUGCUUACGGCGUCUUGAAUGUGUCGGUGGUUACCACACGGAAACCCAAGAUAAACGAGACAUUUGCUGUCGAUUUUGGCAGACCUCUCAUUGUGGAGGCCUUUGAAGCUGGCAAAGAUCUAUUGGAGGAGAUGGCGAAGAAAUUCGCUGGCUCAGCUGCGGAUGCUGCCAAGGUCGUGGAGGAUAGCUGUGCCCCUGUCUUGAAUUCAGUCGCCGACAAGAUCAAGGACGAGGCUGCCUCAUUCACAGAUUCCGUCAAGGACGCUGGUAAAGCCGCGCAGGAUUACUCGUCCCGAAUUUCAUCGGAGACCGUCGACCGCGUCAAGGACACAUUCCAAACUAAUAACGUCGGAAGGCUCUGGCAAGGAGCUCAGGAUGCAUUGACUCAGCAGUUUCGCUCAGCUGAGGGCAUUCGGGAUGACGUGGAUGUUUCUAUCCUGAAGGCCCAAGUUGCUUCCAGGCUCUGGUGGCUUAGAGUGCAAGGCAAGACUGCCGAGUACGAGGAGUAUGAGCGUAAGGCGAGCAGAUUCUUGAAGAAGAAGCACGAGGAGAAUCUGAAGGCUAAGCAAGCGCGGAAAGCGGACGCUGAGUCCUCGAAGUGUUCCUGGCGUAAGGGGUCCUGCGAGGCAAAGAAGCCGAAGGGACUGACGCACAAGUGGAAGUCUCUCCGGGGCUAA